UCCGGUGCGGGAAGCGGUGUUUCCGGCGGGUGACCCUGGUGAGUCCUUCUGCCCGGCUGCAGCGGAGGCGCGGGGAGAUGGGGCUGCACGAUAACGUCGUUCAUGCUGGAGAGCCCGAGGAGGAGGAAGAGGAGGAGGAAGAGGAGCUGGUGGAUCCUUUAACCACAGUUAGGGAGCACUGUGAGCAGACCGAGCAAUGCGUGAAGGCACGGGAACGUCUGGAGUUGUGUGAUGCACGAGUGUCCUCGAGGUCCCAAACAGAAGAGCAGUGCACAGAGGAGCUCUUUGACUUUCUGCAUGCCAGGGACCACUGUGUUGCUCACAAACUCUUUAAUAAACUGAAGUGAACUCUGGAGUAAUUGUUCAUCUACUUCCACGAUCCAACAGAAAAUCCUUGUAGAUGGUUCUUGGAUUCACAGUAUUGCUUGCUGCCUGUUUAUUGUGAAUGUGAAAUAUAAAUGAAACGGCUUUCUGGCAGCCUGGCAGUGACUGAGUGUUGGCAUAUCAUUGCAUCUGUUUUCAUGGAAGAUGUGCAGCUACACAAAACCCAUGUUGAUGUUCUGUAAUUUUCCAUAUUAAACAUUAAAAGUUCCUGUGGAAAUAUC